AUGGAUGUAGAUAUGGUCCUAGAUAAUUUGACCUACGCUGUGAAUGUCACAGACAACGAUGGAAUGUUCCUAUACUCUAACAACAGCACGAUCUGUACCGAGAUGUACAACAGCACGUUUUCUAGCUCCAACGACAGCACGGUCACUGCUGUCCCCACGCCGGCUUCCCUCCAACCAACGCAGGGUUUCAUUGUUGGCGUGGCGAUGGUCCUGGGUCUUCUGGCCGUGGUGGGAACCACGCUGAACGGAACCGUCAUCUUCGCUGUGGGGUUUAACAAAAGGCUCCGAACUGCCACCAGCUGGUUCGUGGUGAAUCUGGCGGCGGGAGACCUCCUGGAGACGGCAGUCUAUCUGCCGUUCGGCGUGUACACUGUUAUCACCUACCGGGUUCCGUUCCACCCUGGCUUAUGUGCCGCACUUGCCACCAUCGGCAUCUCCAACAAGUUCACCUCGCUGUCCUGCAUGGCGCUCAUCGCUUUCCACCGCUACAUGCUCAUCACCAAGCCCAGAUCCACCUACAAGGCCGUCUUCACCACCAGAAACAACGUUCUGAUCGUCCUGCUGGCCUGGGUCGUGUCCUGGACGGCCGCCAUUCCCUUCGUGCUCAGCUUCGGCUUCAUCCAGAGUGCAAAAUCAAGAUGGUCCUAG